GCAUAAGGGAGCUGUGGAGAGUUACAAGACUCCAGUGAACCAAUGGGAGGGACAAAGGCAGAGCAGGCAGCUCCUAGCUACAGGCAGUCUAACGCCAUCCUGCCCUUCCUGGUGUGAGCCACAGAAGUAGAAAGAACACCAGCAACUGUUUUGAAAUACCCUGGAGCUGGCAGAUGAUGGACAGCAGGAAACAGACAGCUGAGACCCUGCUGUCCUUGUCUCCUGCCGAAGUUGCUGACCUCAAAGAAGGAAUCAAUUUUUUUCGAAAUAAGACUACUGGGAAAGAGUACAUUUUAUACAAGGAGAAGGACCACCUAAAGGCAUGCAAGAACCUCUGCAAGCACCAAGGAGGCCUGUUCAUGAAAGACAUCGAGGAUUUAGAUGGAAGGUCUGUUAAAUGCACAAAGCACAACUGGAAGUUAGAUGUGAGCACCAUGAAAUAUACCAACCCUCCAGGGAGCUUCUGUCAAGACGAGCUUGUUGUCGAAAUGGAUGAAAACAAAGGGGUUUCCCUUGUAGAACUGAACCCUCCUAACCCCUGGGACUCUGAUCCCAGGUCUCCUGAAGAAUUAGCUUUUGGGGAAGUACAGAUAACAUAUCUCACUCAUGCCUGCAUGGACCUCAAGUUGGGAGACAAGCGGAUGGUGUUUGACCCUUGGUUAAUUGGUCCUGCUUUUGCCCGAGGAUGGUGGCUGCUACACGAGCCUCCAUCUGACUGGUUGGAGAGGCUAUGCAAAGCAGACCUCAUUUACAUCAGUCACAUGCACUCAGACCACUUGAGUUAUCCUACCCUGAAGCAGCUUUCCCAGAGACGACCAGACAUUCCCAUUUAUGUUGGCGACACAGAAAGGCCUGUGUUUUGGAAUCUGGAUCAGAGCGGCGUCCGGUUAACUAACAUCAACGUGGUUCCAUUUGGAAUCUGGCAGCAGGUAGACAAAAGUCUCCGGUUCAUGAUCUUGAUGGAUGGCGUUCAUCCUGAGAUGGACACAUGCAUUAUUGUGGAGUACAAAGGUCAUAAAAUACUCAACACAGUGGACUGCACCAGACCCAAUGGGGGAAGGCUACCUGAGAAAGUUGCUCUAAUGAUGAGUGAUUUUGCUGGAGGAGCAUCAGGCUUUCCAAUGACUUUCAAUGGUGGAAAAUUUACUGAGGAAUGGAAAGCCCAGUUCAUUAAGGCGGAAAGAAGAAAACUUCUGAAUUACAAAGCUCAGCUGGUGAAGGAUCUGAAGCCUCUCAUCUAUUGCCCAUUUGCUGGGUACUUUGUGGAAUCUCACCCAUCUGACAAGUAUAUUAAGGAAACAAACACCAAAAAUGAUCCAAAUCAGCUCAACAAUCUUAUUAAGAAAAACUCUGAUGUGGUAACAUGGACCCCUCGACCUGGAGCUACCCUUGACCUGGGCAGGAUGCUGAAGGACCCAACGGACAGCAAGGGCAUUGUGGAGCCUCCAGAAGGGACAAAAAUUUACAAGGAUUCCUGGGACUUUGACCCAUACCUGAAGAUCUUGAAUUCUGCUGUCAAAGAUGAAAUCUUCCUUCACUCAUCCUGGAUUAAAGAGUACUUCACUUGGGCUGGAUUUAAGAAUUACAACCUGGUGGUCAGGAUGAUUGAAACAGAUGAAGACUUCAGCCCGCUUCCUGGAGGGUACGACUAUCUGGUGGACUUUCUAGAUUUAUCCUUUCCGAAAGAAAGACCCAGCCGGGAGCAUCCUUAUGAAGAAAUCCGUAGCCGUGUGGAUGUCAUCAGGUAUGUGGUGAAGAACGGCCUGCUGUGGGAUGACUUGUAUAUCGGAUUCCAGACCCGAUUGCAGCGGGACCCUGAUAUAUACCAUCAUCUGUUUUGGAAUCAUUUUCAGAUAAAACUCCCUCUAACACCACCUAACUGGAGGUCGUUCCUAAUGCACUGUGGUUAGACCGGACCUGGCAUGUCCCAGGACCCCAGCCCAUAGGAUGGUGUCUGCACAUUCAAGAUGGGUCUUCCCUGCUUGGAUAAACCUUUCUGGAAACACUUUCAUAGACACACCCAUAACUACCAUUAUUCAUUGGCAGUGUCUUUUAUUCAGAGACAGCAAACAAUACCCAAAACUAAAGUAUUUGAUCUUACAUCUUGAAUGCAGCAGUUUAUGCCAAAGAAGACAAGUUUCUAUCAGCAAUGGACAAACACUACAUUUAAGGGAUGUUCACAUAUGUGUCUGUUGUACAUUAUUGCAUAGACUGACUCAAAACUAUUUUAUUGGGGCUGGUGAUGUGGAUUGGUAGUAUAGCAUGUGCUUUGAGUGCAUGAGACCUUGGGUUCCACCUCAGUAUGCCCCCAAAUUCAUCCCAUCUAUACUCCUGUGCAAGGAGACCUAAGGAAAGCCAAGAAUGAGCUCUGUGUGGGAAAUAGAGCCUAACGAAAGGAAAAAGUGAGUCCCAGCAUAGUAGGGACAGGAAGGGAAAGCUACAAGACUCCAGCAGCAAAAAGAAAGAAAGCUGGAGAAAAGAUAGCCUUCUGGGAGGAAGGUGGGGAGACUUGAAGAAAAUGGGAAAGAGGCAGUGCUACUGGCCAAAGGAAGGAUGUAGAUCCGUCUCUGGGCUGCUUCACAACAGUGUUUUCAGUUUUUCAGAGAGCUGUUGGCACCAUCUCCUUUCCAAACACAGGCUGGGAGCCCAAAGGUCCCAUCUCACUAGAAAUACUUUGAUUCUGUUGUGAAAUGUUUCAAUCAAUGAAGCCUGGGAGUUUUAAUAGGUUCUAUAGAUCUUUGAUUGAUGGCUCAUGAGAACACCAGUUAAUAAUCUUAAAGAGAGAAUAUUUUUUAAAAUCUAUAGAGAAUAAGAAUAUUUGUCUUCAAAAUAACCACAACAAAAAGCCAUGAAAAAGUAUUCCUUUUAGAAUUUGAUAAACAUUGUUUCAAAUAGACAAAUAAGUUGCCUGUGGGGUUUUUUUCUAUUUGAUUAUUUCCGAUGUACUCAUGUGUUUCUAAGGAACUGUAAUUAUUAACCAGAGUUCUCCUUUGCAUGUUGUUUUGCCAUCCUUUGCCUGCCACAGUCAAGUGCACUCUCUGACUCUGUCACCUACCUCUCGAUUUUGACCUCAGAGUUGCUGCCUAACUAAUCAAUGGAAGAUGGGCUAUCUCCUUCUCAUUAAAAUAAGCAGCAUGAACAGUAGACUAUUCUUGUUUAUAUCACACUAGGAAAAAUACAAAUGCUUGGAAGUCAGAGAUUAGACUUUGUGAUUUAUACUAGAAAGUAAAUCAUUCAGUUGCUACUAAAAUAAUAUAAUGUUUAUCGAUAUAUAUGUUCAGAUGUAUAUGAUGGGCAAAUAAAAGAUUGUUUUAAAACAGAA